ACCGCGGUCAACCACCCGACCUGAGGAGUGGGGCAACAAGUGCAUGUUGUGAUGGGUUAUGCUCAUGUUAAAUGAAUUAUGGUUAUGUAGCUCCGAGCUGUCACAUUUUAUUUAUUUAUCCAUCACCUCGAAUAAAGAUGUUGAACGAAGAAAUGAUCACCAGCGAGAUAUGCAAAGACGUCGAAAAGGAAAGCGAUGGGAAUUGUGACUCCAAGUUAUUUUAUUCCGAUGCUGCCAGGUAUUGGGAGAAGGUGCCAGCCACUGUUGAUGGCAUGCUGGGGGGUUUUGGGUUCAUCUCGCAUACAGAUAUCGAUGGGUCCCAGGCAUUUCUGAAGUCUUUAUUCAAGCUGAAAAAUCCACCGGACAAGAAUUAUGCAGUCGACUGCGGCAGUGGCAUUGGAAGAAUAACAAAAAAUCUGUUAGUUAAACAUUUCAAACGUGUGGAUCUAGUUGAACAGAACAGUAAAUUUCUGGAGACUGCCAAGGAGUCACUGUCAGGUUGUUCACAAAAAAUUGGGGAAUAUUAUCCUCUAGGUUUACAAGAUUUUUCCCCUGAGCCACAAAAGUAUGACGUCAUCUGGUGUCAGUGGGUUCUGGGACAUCUCCAAGACGAUGAUUUAGUUGAUUUCUUCCAGAAAUGCAUAAAUGGUCUAAAAGAAAAUGGAGUUUUAAUCGUCAAAGAGAACGUGACGAGUUCGAAUCACGUAGAAGUCGACACCCAGGAUUCGUCGAUGACGAGGCCCUACGAUAAUUUCAAGUCGUUAUUCAAGAGAGCUAAUCUGGAGUGCAUCAAGGAGCAGAAGCAACUCCACAUGCCCAGGGGAUUGUAUCCAGUGUUCAUGUUUGCUCUGAGGGAUUUAAAAAAAUCAUCAACACAUCUCCAAACUCUAAACAAGUAGACAAUGUUGAAAAAAAUCUGUUGGUGUUCAUCCGAAGAAAAACAUUUGAUUAUCAAAAAGAAUUAUUAGUUUUUUAUUUUGGUCGUAUUUUCUCGUACAUGAAGUGUUGAUUCAAGUCUUGUGGGGAAGCAUUGAUUAAUCGCUUUUUAACAGCAUGGAAGUGAGAGAGGGCAAAUUUGUAAAGUUCAUUCUCCAUUUUCCAUACGGUUGAAUUUUCAAUUUUUUCUAUCGUCUCUGGAAGUGGAUUCAUCUUCUGAGUUGUCUGUCGUAAAUGCGACUUGUUGCCUAUAACAGGAAAGACCAUUUUCAUUAAUUUCAUGUGUAAUUAAUUUCUCAUCGUCAUUUAGUUGUCAAAAUAAAUUGGAAAUAUUUCUCUAGCGUUUGUUUUUUUUCUAUCUAAAAUUGGAUGAAUUGUGUCAUGAAUUUAUUUUGAAAAUUUGUGGGAGAAGAAGAGAUCUAGGAGAAUUUGUCAUGAGAUGUUUUUUUUGCGUGAAAAAUUCAACGAAUUUUGAGGAAGAUCUUUGAUAUUUCCCUCAAAAUUGAAUGAUUUUAGAUGCACUUGUAAAAUUAUUUUGCAAAUAUAGUUUUUAUAUUUAAAAAAAUAAUUUUUAGUUGUAUUUUUGUUGUAUUUACUAUGAAAAAGGUAAUCAUAAGCCUUUUGAAAAACUAUUUUUUAGUAAUAUAUUUUCUACGGAGAAAAUCAUCAUAAGCCCCUUUAAAAAUCAUGAAUCUCCUUGAAUUUAGUGUUUUUCUUCAAUCUAAAUCCAUAAAAUUUAAUGAAUUUUUAGAAAAAUCACUUGAUAUUUUCCUCUAAACCUAAUGUUUUUACCCACUCGCAAAAUAAUUUUGCAAUUACAAUUCUUACAUUUGAAAAAACAAUUUAUUGUUGUACUCACUAUGAAGAAAAUAAUCUAGAGCCCCUUUGAAAAAUCGUGGAAGUACAGCCUGUAGUGUCUCAAUGAACUCACCCAGCUCCUCUGUAACUCCAACCACUAAAUAAUGUUUCUCUAAAUUCCUCUUGGCUUCUUCCAAAGCCCAUUUGUU